CAGGAGGCUACACCCCCACCCAGCCCCGAGAACAUCGGUGCCCCGGCCAUGGAUCCACCGGAGCCCGCUGCGCCGGACGCGGCGAGCACGAACUGGGAUCCGCUGGUGGCUGCCUUACCGCCCCCCACCAGCGGCUGCCUGCGGCGUUUAGGCCACGAGCUCAGCGGCCUUCGCACGGAGCCGCUGCCCGGGAUCCAGGUGGCGCCCGAUGAAGAGAUCGCCACCAUGGUCCACGCGCUCAUUGAAGGACCGGAAGGUACGCCCUACGAAGGCGGACUCUUUCACUUCAUCCUGUUGGCCACGCCCAAUUACCCUCACGAGCCGCCCUUGGCGCGCUUCAUGACCACGGGGCAACAACAAGUGCGCUUCAACCCACAAUUCUACACCUCCGGGAAGGUUUGCCUGUCGAUUCUGAACACUUGGCCCGGUCCUGGAUGGAACCCCUCCUUCAGCUUUCGCGUGGUGCUUUUGCAGCUCCAAGCGCUGAUGAACAGCUGUCCCGCCUUGAACGAGCCGGGCGUGAUGAUGAUGAGCAAUCCCGAGGAAUACAACUCCUUUUUGCGCCACGAGACCUUGCGCGUGGCGGUGCUGGGGAACUUGGAAAUGGCGGAGGAGACCUUGCGAGACGAGCGGACGCAACGCGACGAGGGCUCGGCGCCCGAGCCGGGCGCGCCCCUCCCGCCCGUCGUGCGCCCGUCUGCGGCGCUGCCGGUGGACUUGGCCAAGGAAGUGGUGGACAAGGUGCACAUGAACGCGGCCAAGUUCGAAGCGCGCUGCCGGCAGCUGGGGGCCUCCACUCCAGAUGGCCAGCUCUUGCCGGGCGUACCCCGCGCGGUCGCCAGCAGCUUCUCUGCCAUGGCCAUGCGCUUCCGCGCGCUGAGCCCCAACGCCGCGGCGGAGAACGCCGGAGCAGCGGAGAACGCCGGAGCAAAUGGAGUGGACCGGGCGGUGCAGGUGGACGAGGAGGGUGAAGAGUGCCGAAUUUGUGGAUGUGGCCCUGAGGAGGGAGAGCUUCUGCAGCCCUGUGGCUGUAGCGGCAGCAUGGCAUCAGUACAUCGCGCCUGCGCGGUCGAAUGGAUCCGCCGGAACAACAGCCCACAGUGCCCCAUUUGCGGCCAGGCCUACUCCGACCGGUCCCUGAGGGUCUUCGGCAUGGUCCGGCGCUACAAGCGCCGCUGCAUUGACAUGGGGCGGUUUGCCUGUGGUCUUGGGGUGGUUUUCGCCUGUGUGGUGCUGAACCUGGCCGCCAGUGGGAUUUUGCCUGUGGAGAUUGCACCCUGGGAGCUCGACCGCUGGCGUGUGCGGCCGGCGCCGACCGGACCCAGUUGGUGCACGUCUUCAGCUCAAGAUUUCUCCGUGGGAGCCGAGGGUGGUCGACCUUGGUUGCGAUGGGAGUUGCCGGAGCAAAGCGACACCGCCGAGGAGGCGGUCUUCUUCGAGCCGGAUGAUGCCAGCGUCAAGGGCUACAAGUUCACACCUCCCUACCGGCUCCGUGGGCGAUGGCUUCUCCCUGCGACGGAACUCCUCGAGCGAUGGCAGCAACCGCUGGUGGAGGAGUUGGUCUUCCAUCCGUUGACCCCGUGGAGCAGCCGGACGUUGCCAGUGCCCGUCCGCUUCGAGGCGAUGGUGAGACACUUGCAACAGCAGCGAUUCUUCCGGAGGCCGGUGCCGCUUCGCAGGGUCAUGGCGGAGUGGCAGCAGACCACGGCCAAGGAGCAGGUGCGGCGGCAGAGGCGGCAGAAGGAGAGCAAGAUGACGAAAGAGACGAAGGACGUCGCAGCGCGAGGGAAGGGCCGAGGCCGCGGACAUAUAGGCCGCUGGGCGAUGCUCCGCUGCCGCCUGCGCUCCGCCUUGGAGCCCACGCCCUCGGUCACCGUGAGGCUGAGGCCUUCUUACUGUGCCGAAGUCGCUGUGCUGCUGGUGCUUUUCGCCUGGUUAGCCCUUGGAGUGAGGAGCUUCUUUUGGAUGCUCAUGUGUUGCCACCUGUGCAGACGGUGGUUCCCGCUCCCCCUCGUGCUCGCUGCUGCAAUGUUGGCCAACCUGCUCCGCUACCGGGUGAAGCGGCGCCUGGUGCGGCUGCAGAUGAUGCGCACGCGCUCGCAGUUGGAGGGUGACGCUCUUCUACUUCUGCUGCUCCUACUGGGAGCCUCAUGUGCAGGACAAGGCGGUCUGCUACGGACGCUUGACCUGGUCCGCACGCGCGAGGGUGAACUGCCGCCUCCACCCCCUCCGCCCCAGGAGUUGGACUCUGGGCUGGGCCUCUUCUCAUGGCUGAUGCUGGUGCUAGUCGCCUGGUUAGCUAUGGCCACGGUGGCGAAGCGACCGGAGGGACAUGACGCAGAAGGCGCGAACAGCUGGGCGGCCUUGUGGCAUGGUUGUGCCUGGGCCGCUGCAGGAGCCUUGCUGUGUUUGGCCGCGGUCGCUCCCAUCUUCGCGUGGUAAAAAAGGGAGUCCGCAGUGUCCGCGACGUGACGCGACUUGGCGGAGUCCGCACAGAGACCUGGUGUUUCAAUGGAGUGUUCCGAUUCGUCACAAGCUGGGUGUGGGUGAAGCUAGAAGCUAGAAAAUAGCUGGGUGUGGGUGUGAGUGACUGCUGUAGCGAACGGGUGUUUCUGAUCCACGCCCGACCUUUGAUCAAAAGGC